AUGCCAGAUCAUGAAGCCCAUGACACGCCAGUACCAACGUCGCCAAUCUGCAUCGCAAUAUGGAACUUUUCCUCCCAAUGGUUUCUGAUACCACAAGGUACUGGUGUAAUAGCCAUUAUUCUUCAUCAACUGGACUAUCAAUUCCAUGGUCUGCGUAUUAUCUCUGUGAUAGUUUGGGUGUAUACAAUCGCGCUCCUGGCACUAUGCGUAUCCGUCUACCUUGCGCGAAUCUUCAUGUAUCCACGGCACGUCGCACGAGCACUCCGGGCAAGCAUGGUGGAGGUAUCAUGUCUCACUAGCGUCUCUAUAACGUUCACAACAAUCAUUCAAAUGAUCGCCUUGGCCGUUGCCCAGCAAUGGGGUGCAGGAUGGCCAAUGGCCUCAUACGUCCUGUGGUGGAUCAACACGGCUAUGGCUCUAACCGCUGUUAUGGGAAUACCGUACAUUUUCGUGAAGCUACAAGCUCCCGGAAUCAAGGCUGUCGUACCUUCCGUUUUGCUUCCACUGAUAUGUGCGCUAACCUCCGCCGCUGGCGGAGGUGUCGUAUGUGAGUAUAGUGGAAUUGGCGCUCGGCUGCAAGUCCCGACCAUCAUUGUAGCAUACCUUGAAGUCGGUGUCGGUAUUCCGUUGGCAAUGUCCUUUGCGGAUGUCUUCAUUGCUCGUCUCUUCGAGCGCGAAUUCAUGCCCAUGGAACAGGUCUAUCAAGAUAUGAUUCUCUGUGGCCCGUUUGGACAGGGCAGUUUUGCCCUGCUGAUUCUCGGGCAGGUUGUACGAUCUGGGGCAUUUGCAGAAUACAAUCGGGGGUCAUUCUUGACCGGUGAAGCAGCGAUCCCAAUUGGCUAUGCCAGCCAAUUGGCUGGUUUGUUGUCUUGGGGCUACGGAACCUUCUGGUGGGGCUACGCCAUCAUCAGCAUUCUGCAUACGGCUAUCAAGCAACCAGGGGGUUGGCGGAGGAUACAAUAUUCACUUUCAGCAUGGUCUCUGGUAUUUCCGUGGGGUGUCUACACCAAUGCCGCCGUCCAGCUUGGCAAAGUCAUGGACUCGCCUGCAUUCAAGGUGUGGUCAACCGCUUUGACCCUCAUGCUCCUCAUCAUAUGGAUUGUAAAUCAUAUAUUUACCAUUAAGGGUUUAAUUACGGGCCAAAUCUUGUCACUUCAGCACGGAUGGCGGGCCGGCCACUAUCAAGCCGGAGAAGUUGAUAAGCAGGUCUAA